AUGCGGCUCUUGUCAAAGCAAUACGUGAAGCACGUAUCUCUAGGCCCGGGCGCCUUCAAAUUGACCCAUAGAUCUACACAUGCGUCAUUACCGAAUGGGCUAUCAUUUGCUCCUACAUUCCUAAGGCGAUACUUCACGGCCCAAGCGGCCCCUUUUCAUCUGCAGUAUGGGGUUGGACCCAGUCGGCUGGAAGCAAAAUCCCAUCCUCUAGGAUGGCAAGCAAUUCAAGCUUUGGUAGAGCCAGGCUUUGGCCAAGACUGGAAGUUUACCAGCGAGCGAGAGAAGAAGGGUUUCUUUGCUCUGGGAUUCUCCCGUGCGUUCAGUCAAUUCUUUCCGCUCACGCUCAAUGAUCGGGUUGAAGUGACGUGCAAGAUGCAUUACUUGGCCUUACUUAUUGAUGAUCAACUGGAUAAGAUGAAUGUAGCGGAUAUGUUGUCGUACCGAGAGCGUGUCAUAGAGAUCGCAAGAGGAGAAACAGUACCAGACAGAUCAAUUUCUGUGGAAUGGAUGCUUUUUGAUACUAUUCAGCUUAUGCAUACCAUUGACCACGUCUUGGCAGUUGAUUUGGUUGAGGGGUUCUGUUUGCUAUUGCAAACCCAAACAAACCCGGAACGCGCUUCUAUCAAGCACCUGGGCCCGUAUCUCGAGUGUAGAGAGAUAGACGUCGGUAGACCAUUCUAUACUACGCUGAUCCGAUUUGGUGCAAAUCUACACAUCGGUCCUUCUGGGCUUCAACAGACUUUCGGACUUGAAAGCACUGCAUUCCGCUUUAUGGGAAUUUUGAAUGAUGUUUACAGCUGGGACAAGGAGUGGAAGGCGUACAAAGAACAUUCCACUGACGGAGCUCGGCCAUUCUCGGCCAUAAACAUCCUAGCGCAGGAAACAGGUCUGCCAUACCCUGCUUGCAAGCGUCUGAUGUACAACUACUGCCGAGAACUUGAGCUUGUAUUUCAGCAGUCCGCUGGAAAGAUUAAGGGAAGUGCUGGUGGUCCUUUACUGCCUGAGAUAGAGAAAUACAUCAAGGGACUGGAGUAUCUUAUGAGCGGUAUAGAGAUAUGGAGUCAAUGGACACCCCGGUAUCGACAAUGA